ACUAGUUUGUAUUUACAUACAAUUAAUAAUCUAUGUUAAUAUAAUUGAUGGCUUAAAAUUGAAAGAUAAAUUGAUGAAUAAAUUUGGUUUGAAAAAAUUCAAAACCUCAACAAUAACAACAACAACAACAACAACAUUAAAGCCAACAACAAUUGAAAUUAUAACUACGGAGGAUCCCGACACUGAUACCGAUACAGACACCCCCACCACUGAUACCCCGGCCAUCAUUAGCACCACUACCCGUACCCGUGGCCGUAGCCGUACCCGUACUACUAGCACUACUACUAUACCUACUACUACUACUAGUAUGGAUACCACAACUACUAGUACUACUACUACUAUUGAAAAAUCGGCACCGGUAUCAUCAUCAACAUCACUAUCAUCAUCAUCAUUGGUAGCCCAACCCGUAACUAAACCCAUGAACCCCUUAUUCAAUCUGCCAUUGUUUACCCUAAAGACUAGACCGGGUUUCGGUAGUAAAACUAAACCGAAAUUCGGCUCAAAAUUGCCAAAUAACGGCCUAAACUUAUUUGGUAUAUUGUAAUUGAAAAAAAUUCAAACUAAAAAAUUUAACUAAAAUUUAAUAAAAUC